GCGGGAAGCGGGCCGCCGCCAUGGCCGGCCGGGGCCUGCCCGCCCCGCUGCCCGGCCCUGAUCCCCUCCCUCCUUCCCUCCCCGCAGGGCAUGCGGCCGCCCGGGCUCUUCGGGCGGCUGAAGGCGGCGGUCGUCGGGGUGGUGCACGUGGGAGCGCUGCCAGGGACACCAAGAAGUUCUCUUCCAUUGACCCAGAUCAUUGAUCAAGCUUGUCAAGAGGCAGAAGCUUACAAGGAUGCUGGAGUUGAUGGCUUGAUAGUAGAAAACAUGCAUGAUCUUCCUUACACGGUAUGUCCUGGACCUGAAGUAACUGCAGCAAUGAAAGUCAUUAGUGCUGCAGUGAGACAAACCUGCCCCCAUCUCGCACUGGGUGUCCAGAUCCUGUGUGCUGCAAAUCAACAGGCGAUAGCCGUUGCUCUAGCUGCAGGUCUUGAUUUUAUCCGGGCUGAAGGGUUUGUGUUUUCUCAUGUUGCUGAUGAAGGGAUUAUAAAUGCCUGUGCAGGUAACCUGCUACGAUACAGAAAACAAGUUGGAGCAGAGAACAUUCAGAUUUUUGCUGACAUUAAAAAGAAACAUAGUGCUCACGCUCUGACGGCAGAUGUCAGCGUGGCCGAGACCGCUUCGGCUGCCGAGCUCUUCCUGGCUGAUGGGGUGGUACUGACUGGCACGGCUACCGGAUUGCCCGCAGAUCCUCAGGAGCUGAAAGAGGUUAAGCAUGCUGUGAAAAUUCCUGUGCUGAUUGGGUCUGGAGUGACUCUGGAGAAUGUGAGGAAUUACUUGGAUGCAAACGCUCUAAUAAUUGCAAGCCCCUACAGCUUUGUACCUCUCCAGACUAGUAUUAGUGAUGUUAAAAACUGCCAGGUUCCUUCCAAUACACAAGGUGUAAUUGUGAUGGAAACCUUUCUACCAAAGCUGACAGGUUUAUUCUUAACUGGUGUUCAGGGGGUCUUCACUGUAUCUCCAGUACAUCCUUGAGAAUUAAAUAGUUUAAUGAAUGUAAUGAGCAAACCUGAAAGAAGUACACGUAGACACGUGUAUGUAUUUGGACAUUACCUCUCCAAAUUUGCAAAUAACAAUGUGCUCAUGGGAGCUGCUAACUGGGAGCGCUGGAGACUGCAGCCUUCCCCACUGAAACAGCCUCCUCUCUGUUCUGCAGUUGGGAACCAGAGGAGCCACCUUAAAGGGUGAGAGUGUACCUCAGCUCCCAAACUGGCUCAAUCUUUGUCUUCCCAUGCUGUUUGCAUCGAUGCUAAUCAAUGUUAAUUAUGGUAGUGGGGCUUGUGAUGUACUCAUUAUAAGAGCCAUCCUAUUUUUCUGUGCUUGUACAGUCUGUAACACAAUAGAGCCCUGAUUGGGGUUCCCUAGAUGCUACAAAUAGUAAUACAAAUUGUUAUAAUAAUGAAUAUGUGGUUCAUGGUGUAAGACUACCAAACUCAGUUCAUACAGCCUGCUGAAGCAUCACUUGAUAAUUCUGUUUGCUGUUACCACUAACUAUGGCAGAGUGUCUAUGUCUUGAUGGUUGGGGCCUCAGCACAGUAAACCAUUUAAGCUUUUGUUAGUGUUUAAAUAGGUGCUUGUUUUUAAAUUUGCAUUUGAGUCUGUGGUUGUUAGUGUAAAUAUAUGCUUAAAGUUGAGAGUGUGCUUAGAAACUCUUCCGAUUCAGCAUCCUUAUUGUGCUGGGUUCAUUAUCCCACCACCACUCCAUGACUAUACUGGGAGUUGACAGGAGGGUGUGCCAGGAUAUACAUUUCUUUCCUAGGCUGAGGGUUAUAGGCACAAGAGCAGGAAGAUGCUUCCUCUCAAGAGCUGAGCAGCUGGUUGGGUGUGGGUUGUAGGCAAGGGUUCCCACCUCCUGCAGGGGCUGGAAGUGGGUGGAAGCCAAGAGCUGGGAGCUGACACUUUCCUUCCUCCAGAGGCUGCGGUCCCCUUCCCGGUGUCACUCCAUGCUGGGCACCCUUGUGCUAAGAGCUGAUACCUGACAGGUGCAGUUUCCUGUGAUGAAUUUGCUUCAGUCUUACUGUUACCCAUACUGGGAAUUUCAUCACCAUUGUUCAUAUGCAUUAAUUGGUAUAAAUAAUUACUAUUCAGCCCCUGACCCUGCAUCCCCAGGCCUUACCUUUGUGAGUUUCAGUGACUUAAAUAGUCUCAUAGGUUUUUUUUCAAAGAAAGUUUUCCACAAAAAGUCCAUUAUAGCUUGUUACCUGGUUUGUUAUGGAUAUUGGUUCUAGUCCCAUUUUUUCAAUUCCCACCACACUGCAUGCCUGGAUUUUAGUUAUCUAUGUGCAGUUUAAGUGUGUGGUUAUCUGCCUGACUCUAGUUAGUUCUCUGUUGUGUACCACACUGGGUUUACCAAGCCUGUGUAGCAAAAAUGUUUUAAAUUGUUAGGGUGUUGUAUUACCUCUCUUGAGUGUGUAUAUUGUUUUAAAAGGAAUUUAAGUCAGUGUUGAGUUGCUUCUAUGUUUGUAAUUAAUUUAAAAUAUUUAGUGCAGCAGCUAGAUUUUUCCCUGUUAACUGUGCUUUACUGAAAUUUCAUGAUCUACAGCACACCCUAGUGAUAUCUGGAAAUCAUGAAGUUAGACCCAGUCAAUUUUACUUCCUUUGUGGUGAAGCAAAACUUAGGACUCCACUAAGCAAAGUCCAGGAAAGUAAAUGCCUUUGUAUCCAAGAUGGGAAGCAGGUUGAAUCCCUUGGUUUAUAAAACAAAAAACAGCCUUAGAAAUUGGACUGCAGGAUAUUCUUUUGUGAAAAGAACAUCUGUAUAAUGAGUUCAUCUGGUUUGCAAUCUGUACUGUUGGAUGUAUUUUACAACAGACCAUGAGGAAAAGCAGCCCAGGGUUGUGUGAGAAGACAAUAUUUGUUGGGUUCCCUUUUAGACUGGAGAGAGCAUGGAAAGAGCAACCAGAUGUAAAUAAAGUAUUGUGGAGGAAACCUGCAGGCAGUCUUCACAGGUCAGAAGCCCGAAUGAUCAUUUACUGUCUUAUGGACAGAACAUUAAAAUUUAUGCUAGAUGUUCAGUUCCUCCUUUUGCAGAUCAUUAGGUCACUUGGUUUUUCAGGUGAUGGUACCUAUAUUUAGUUUUCAGUGGCCAACAGGCCCCAUAUGAUCCUGCAGAAGGAUGUGCACCUACCUAACUUUUAAGGCUACCUUGCACUCACCUUUUUCUGGAUUAGGAUCUGUAUUUCAAUCAUUUGAUUUCUUUUUAAUUCUGUGAAUGCACAGAAUGGCAAGGGUUCUGAAGUGGAUGCUGUUGAUCCCCUGAUAGGGUGAGAGGAGAAAGCAGGUUUGAGAAGGACUCUGGGAAGGAAGUUUAACUAUAUAGUCAAGAAGGGAGGCAAAUAUUUAUCAGAGGCGAAAUCAAAUUGGUGAUAUGUGGAUAACACUGAAUGGAAGUAAAAACAAUAUGAGCAUCAGAGUGUAGGCCUUGUAAGUUACGGUGGUUGAAGUUAAAUCUCAUGAAUUCUCAAACAGAAACAGAGAAUUCAUCAGAGAUGCGAGUUAAGUGUCCUAACCUCCCAGCAUGUGAAAGCUGUACCGAAUAUCCGCUGCAGAUGCUGUUGAGCCCUUAAGAGGCUUGUGCAAGUUCAGUAUGCCUGUAGACUUGUUGUUGUCAUUGUUCACUGUGUGUGCUUAAGCCCCAAACAACUAAGCUAUCCCAGAAAAAGCAGGUUUGGCCAGUGAACAUUGCAUGCCAGCAGACAAGCAGUGCUGAGGCUGUUCUUAUUUUCAUGAAGGGCCAUGAAGGCCUGACAAGUGCAAGGCAGCAGCAUACACCAGUACCCUCAACCAGCUUGCAGCUCCAGCUUGGCUCAGCUGAAAGAUCCGAUCCUGUAUCUCUGUUACAUCUACAGAGCAUUAACUGUCUACGUGAGGCAAAGCUAAAGGUGGGGUCCUCCCUUUCUGGCUCACUCACACAUGAGAAAUCUCUAAUAUUUUGGGGAGAGACAAGUUUCCUCUCAGACCUCUGCAUUUCCGUCUUGUCAGGUGAUCCAAACAAUAAUGGAAAUGAGCAUUUUGGUUUAUGUAAAUAAAACCAAAAAGUUUGCAAUAA